GUGCCAACAUACAGCGGAUACGGGGAUUUGCUCAGCGCCCGAGACUACCUUGACUCUCUGUCACGUUAUCAGAGAGCAAUGGGCUUGGACGAUCAGGAGGUGCUCGGGCGCGUUGUCCCGGCUGCACUGACUGAUACGGCGGCGAGGUGGUAUCGGCUUGCCGGCUACCGAGCAGCAACCCUCGAGGAGUUCCGCGCGGCCUUUCUGCGCGAAUUCUUACCCGCUGACUACGAGAGUAGGAUGCGGCGAGAGCUCGAGCUCCGUACACAAGCUCCUGAUGAGUCGCUUCAGGAAUACGUACGCGCGAUGGAUGACCUUUUUUCUAUCGCUGAGCCCCGAGCCUCGAACGAGGAACGCGUCGAACGGGUGAUUCGGCAGGCACAUCCGACCUUUUCGGCGUACCUGCGCGGCGGUCGCUUCCGCGAUUUGGAGGAGCUGGCCGCCGAGGCAAAGCGCAUUCAAGGCGACCUUCUCGCCGCGCGCGCCUAUCGCCCGCCGCCGCCAGCCAGCGAUGCCCUUGAGCCGCGCUGCGCCUGGCGAGGGGCUGUGCCCCAACAAAAGUCACAUGGCGCUGCCUUUGCGGCUGCCGGUGGCUGUGCGUGGGAGUUGAGCGAUCGCGCUCUUGACCCCUAUACGCACGAAAGGCGGGCAGCCUGUGCUGCACCACCUGAAACCCACGCGAAGGGACGCCAUCCGACCCAACGCAAUGUGGGUGACGCUCGUCGUAACGUAUCCUGUGAUAACGUGGCGAGCCGAUCACAGCAGCUCGAGGCUGCUCCGUCUCGUGAAAGAGAUCGAGAUGGAGUGCGCUGUUUUCGCUGCCGUGAAAGAGGGCACGUAGCAAGGGAAUGCACCGGAUCUAGGCCUCCUGUGAGGCAGGGAAACGGAACUGCGGGUCGUUCGUGA